AUGAACUUUGCAAUAAUUAUAGUGUUGACACUGUUUAAAAUACAAUUUGGUUCACUGCGAAAUCUGCCUUCGAAGCCAAUAGACUUUACAAACGACUGUUUGGUUUAUCGAAAAGUUAACGGAACAACCAGAAAAUGGGAUUAUGAUGAAUGCACGAUCGGCAAUAGUUGUUGUUUUUCGGCUAUUACUAUAGAUCAGUCAGGGAAAUUUAUCGUUGAAGCAGGUGGUUGUCAAAAUGAUUUUCAAUCAUUCGUACGGCAACAGGCGGGCAUUCUAGUUCAUCCAAUUGAUCGUUUACCUUUUAUAGGACAAUUCAGUGAUGAAAAAAUCACCGAGUACUGUGAGUUUGAAAUGUGUCUCGCAAGUGCGAUACCAAAUAAUCAUUGGCGAAUUUGCGCAUGUCAUGAAGAUAAAUGCAAUGAAGGUGGUGUCGAUGAAAUGUUAAAAAAGUACAUGGCUGUUAAGCCUUGGGAGACGAGCACUCUUUCACUGAAUCUGUUCAAUCCUGACAUUGAAAUUCUAUUUAAUGGUUAA